UGCUUGAGACUUACUUCUAUUUUCUGAUCUAUGAAGCUGGAGCGAUUAAUGUGGUCUAGAAUUGCACUCAGAACAUUCUGGAAGUUCUCGCUCAAUGUCCGGGUGGUUUGUGAUGUGCUGAAACGGACCGGGUUCGGGAUGUCCGAUCAGGCGGUUCUGACGGUGCGUCUGGUUCGGUCUUUUGAGCAUCGCAACUUUAAACCUGUGGUUUUCAAAGGCGUCAGUUUAGACCAGACGGUGGAGGAGUUUAUUUCGUUUGUUAAGCAAGACGUUUCGACUAGAGCUGGUUUGCCUCCACCCUUCAAGAAGUUUGACUAUGACACAAUGAAAAUCAUUCAUCAGGCACAUGGAGCAAAGACAAAUGAGCUUGUAAUGAGUUUAGAGGAUGAUGAGAAGUUGAUUCUGCGUGGUGGCAGCAGGUUGCGAGCAUGUGAUGUUGCCAAUGAGACGGAACUGGCUUUCUUCAGAAUGGAAGACUAUGAAAAGUUCAAGGCCAGUCCCCAGACGGCAUGGUGAUGAACAGGAUGUGACACUAGAGUUCUUGGGAGUAUUAAUUUACCAAACACAGUACACACUUCUGUUCUGUUGUAAUGAACAAAUUAUCUAUUUUAAUUUCAUGUUUAACUUGAGUUUUUAUAAAUGCACUCUAUUUAUUUUGAGGGGAACUGAUUUUAUGUUGUCAGAGUAAUUAAUUGCUUUGAGAAUAAUAUUAAACACACCAGAUAAAUUGUUUUAUUUAAAUGACACCUUGGAGUCAUCAGAGAUGGUAUUGUCAUUGGUUUUUGUUAAAUAAAGUUUAGGCAUGAAUUAUGCUCUCACAUCAAAGAACUUGAUUAAUUAAUUAAAGGUUUAAUUUAGAACAUCUUUUCUGUACUACAUUCUCAGUGAGUAGUACUGUCACCUCGCAGCAAGAAGGUUCCCGGUUCAAAUUCCGGCUCACCCAGGCCCUUUCUGUAUGUUCUCCUUGUGUUUGCGUGGGUUUCCUCCAAGUGCUCCGGUUUCCCCCACAUUUCAAAAACAUGCAGGUUAAGUGAUUUGAAAACUCUAAAUUGCCCGUAGGUGAGAGUGUGUGUGUGGAUGUGUAUAUCUGUGUGUGUUGCCCUGUGAUGGACUGGCCACCUGUCCAGGAUGUUUCUCUGCCUUUGGCCCGAGACAGGUGGGAUAGGCUCUAACACUACCCUACAUGGGACAAGCGGCAAUAGAAUAUGGAUGGAAUCUUAAUACCUGCAGUUUUUCAAACUGAGGAAGUGAAACUGAAAAUAAAACACAUGCAAUCCUAGCAUGUUGUAAAAAAUAAAAAAAAAAAUAAAAAAAAAAAUCACUUAAGUGGAGGUAUAAGAAGCAAAAAAAAAAAAAAAAGAAUUUGAAUUAAAAUUUU